UUUUAACUUCUUAAAAUAUUAAAACUUAAUAUCUUUAUCAAAUCUUAAUAAUAUAAAUAUAACUUCGUAUUAUUUAUACAAUACAAUAUGUGUAAAAUUUGCACGUAAUGUUAGGUAAAUUUGAUACAAUAUUUCUCUGGAUAAUAUUUUAAUGUUAUUUACAUAAAGUGCUUUUACUUUUAUUAUCCAAUAAAUGAUUUUAUGUCAUAAAUAUUCUAAGGAUAAGAAACGUAAUUAUAUUCAAAAUACAUAUUCAAUAAAACAAAUAGUGCAAACUAUUUCCAAAUAGUAGAAUUAAACAUGUCAACAUUGGAAAAUAAGAUUUUAGGCGAAAAAUUACAUUAUUAUUGUAGUAGUUCUAGUGAAGAUGAAGAAAAUGAUUCUGCAGAUUCAGAUAAAGAAACAGAGGAUGAAAAAUAUCCACAAAUAAUUACAAAUUCUAUAGAACCAUCAUUUUCAGAAUGGGAUGGUACUUCUAGCAACACAGGACCAAAGGGUGUUAUAAAAGAUUGGCAACGAUACAAACAGUUGCAAGCAGAAAAAAGAAAUGAACAAGACAAGGAAAGAAUUAAAUUAAUAAAAAAAUUGAGUUUAACAUGUCGUAGUUCUUUAGAUGAAGAAAAAGAAAAAAUCAUGCAAACUGAUCCUGAUCUUGCUGAAUUAUUAACUGAUGAAUUUCUUUUAGAAUAUCAAAAACAAAGAAUGAAAGAAAUGCUUGCAAAAACUGAGAAACUUCGUUUUGGCAGAAUAAUUAAUUUAGAAACUGCAGAUCAAUUUUUAGAAGCAGUUGACAAUGAAGAAAAAUCAAUAACAAUUGUUGUUCAUAUUUAUGAAAAUAAUAUUCCUGGCUGUGAAGCUAUGAAUGGGUCUCUAAUAUCUGUUGCAGAUGAUUAUCCAUAUGUAAAAUUUUGUAAAAUUUUAGGUUCAGUAGCUGGACUCAGUAAACAUUUUAAAAAAGAAGGAGUUCCAGCUUUAUUAGUUUAUAAAGCUGGUCAAAUAAUAGGUAAUUUUGUUCAUAUAACAGAUUAUUUAGGAGAAGAUUUUUAUGCCUCUGAUGUUGAAACCUUUUUAAUUGAACAUGGAAUGCUUAUUGAUAAAAAUUGUAUACCUGUUAUAACUAUACAAGAUAAACAAACAUUAUCAGAUAGUGAAUAAAUAAAAUAAAUAUAUGUUUUUA